AUGGCCACCACCAAUGGAACGGCAAACAGCAACCCCCAAACCAGCCUGGUUGAUGUCUCUGCUGCUCUGCGUCCCAAUGACCCGGAGAGUGUUCCGGGCCUGAUCCAAGACAUUUCAGACGCUGGCCAUGACCUGGACUCUGAUGACGGUGCUAGCCGGCUGCGGUUGCUGGGGAAGGCCCGCGAUCUCGUGCGUGCACUAGAGACGCCGCGGGAGACUAUGAUCAAGCAUUGCUGGGCCCAGAUGGGUGAUCAGCCAAAAAAGGCCGAGGACAUGGCUGAGACCCUUGGCAUCCAUCCCCCUUUGUUGUGUCGCUUGAUGCGCCACAUGGCCGCAAUGGGAUACAUCGUUGAGGUGGCUGCUGACGAGUACAAACUCACCAACUUUACCAAAUCACUGACCAUCCCCAUCAUCGGGGAUGGCUACCCCUGCAUCGUCAACGGCUGCCUCCCCGCGCUGACCGCCACGCCCAACUGGCUCUCCACGCACGGCUUCCAAACCCCCAACGACGUGUCCCACGGGCCCUACCAAGCCGCCUACAACACGCCGCUCAACUUCUUCGAAUGGCUGCAGGCCAACCAGCCCUACGGCACCCAAUUCAACCACCACAUGGGCGGCUACCGCCAGGGCCGCCCCUCCUGGAUGGACCCGGACUUCUACCCCGUCCAGGAGCGGCUGGUGGAAGGGUUGGAUACCACCACCACCACCGCGGGUGCGGGGGGUCCCGUCCUGCUGGUGGAUAUUGGGGGUGGGUUGGGCCAUGACUUGGCGGAGUUCCGCCGCAAGCAUCCGCGCGCUCCGGGCAGGCUGGUGCUGCAGGAUCUGGCGGUGGUGAUUGCGGAUGUGGUCGGGUUGGAUGCGAGCAUCGAGCCGAUGGUGUAUGACUUCCAUACGGAGCAGCCCGUGGUGGGGGCGCGCGCGUAUUAUAUGCACAGUGUGCUGCAUGACUGGCCGGAUGAGGUUUGCGCGAGUAUCUUGGCGAGGGUGGCGGCGGCGAUGCGGCCCGGGUACAGUCGGUUGUUGAUUAAUGAGAAUGUUAUUCCAGGGACGGGGGCGGAUUGGCAGGCGACGGCGCUGGAUUUGAUGGUGUUGUCGUUGCUGAGUUCGAGGGAGAGGACCGAGGUGGAUUGGAGGAAGUUGUUGAAGGGGGCGGGGCUGAGGGUGGUCAAAAUCUGGAGCACGGACAAGCAGAAUGGGGUGGAGAGCUUGAUUGAGUGCGAGCUUGCCUAG